CAAUUUCUCAAGCAACCAACUUUCAGACAGCAUUCCUGCUGCCUUGUCUGGACUCGUUCAGCUGGCAUUCCUGCUGCUGAACAACAAUCAGCUCACCGGCCCCAUACCUGCUGACAUUGACGCGCUCACAAAAUUAGUGGACCUAUCUCUCAAUAUCAACAAGCUCUCUGGGCCCAUCCCUGCCUCCAUUGGCUCCCUCAAAUGCAUCACAAAUCU